AUGGCUAUUAUCACCGCGAUAGGUCAGUUUGUGCAGAACUUGAAAGACUCCAAUCAGCAGCGUGCUUGUGAAGAUGAGGAUGCCCGCCAUGGCCGGGAGUGGCUGAAGACCAUUGGCAGACGAGCCCUCCAGUCUCUUGCACCUCGUAAGAGGCUGUCAAUAAGAUCCCGUGAAUCAGAGGUCCUAGGGUAA